AUGUCUUGGCUCAGAGCAGCGGUGGCGCUCAGCGCCAUCUGCCAUUCCCUGGCCGGACACCUCAACUACGGCACCGGGUUCGGCCACGUCAUCGGCGGAGGUCUUGCGCCUCCCGGAGACGCUGUCUACAGCGCACCACCCGCCACCAUAGCCGUCGCUUCUGCAACUCCGGUCGCUGUGUCUCAGCCUGCACCCGCUGGGCUACGGGGUCCAGCCACUUUGACAGUGACCGUUGGAGCGAAGGAUUCCGUUGCUGGUGCUGCUGUGUCACCGCCGGUGGUCAAACUUCCGCCGCUCCCCGUCGCCGUGGCGCAACCGGCAACGGGGGCCACGGCAGCCAGAUUCCCGUUGGUACCCUCACCGCCCCGUCCUCCUCCUCCACCUGCCCUGGUUGGAGCCGCACCCCCGACCGCGGUAACGGUGGGUCGUCCAGCUCCCCAGGUCCUGGCCGCUCCUCCUCAAGCCGCGGUAGCGGUCUCGCGUCCGAUACCGCCACCACCUCAGCAUGUCGUGCCGGCGCCUCCCACGGGAGCCGUGUUCGCUGCACCACCUCUGCGGCCCGGAGCCGUCAUCUACCAGCCUCCUCUACCACGUCCCACCUACACGUACCAGGCCCCGCUGCCCGUGACCUUCACCCGCCAGGUGUACCACAACCCUUACGCAGCCGCGCUGCCGCCUCACCUGUCGGCGUACAGACCACAUGCGGCUGCCUUUCCGAGACAGGUCCUGGCGUACCAGGGCGGACUGCCUUACCCACCACAGACCGCUUUCACUGCAACCACGUACCACCACCCGCCGCCGGGGACCGUAGCUUCGGGUCCUCCGAGCGCCCUGGUGACGACCUACAGGGGACCGCCGCCACCAGUUCCGGUGACAAGACACGUCUUCAUGAUGUAUCCCGCUCCGGUAUCGGCGGCCUACUCCCCCCAUGGCCAGGUGUUCACGACGUAUCCAGGUGUUGUCCAGGCCCCGGUAGGUUUAGGCCGGCCUCUUGUGUCUGCGGCACCGGUGGCCGUUGGAUACAGUGGAGGUGUUGCGUACGGAAUGGCUAACAACGCCCUCAAGCAGAACGUUGGGGCAGGGACCACGAUCGGAGGGCACAACAAUGGUCUCGGCGGUCGUCACUACCUGGUGAACAGAAAGAAGUCCUAA